AUGUCCUUUCUGGACUCUAUUUCUCAGACUGCAAAGGCAGGCAGCCAACAACAAGAUGGAGCUUUAAACAAGCUCUUUUCUGAUUUCACGCAUAGCAUCAAUGAAUUUCAGAAGAAAAGCGUCCUUCUGGGCACUAAACGGGACUCACAAAUUGUCAGAUAUGCGAUCGAAACUGAACUUAUUCCUCAAUGUGAAACACUUAGAGACGAGAUAGAACGUUCGCUAAAAAAUGCAGAAUCGAACGGAAAAUUGGUGUCAGAUUUUGCCGGCCUAAAAGAUGAGUUGAUCAUGAGCAAAAGAAGAUUUUACGAAGGCAAGGCUAAAUUUCCGAUGAAAACAAAACCAGCCAGAGCACACUCGUCAUCGCAAAACUCCGGCUAUGUUUCCAUGCCUCUGACAGGCAAUACAGAGAAUACUCCCCUGCUGAAAGCUUCAAACGAGCAGCUGCAACAGGAGCAGCAGCUCCAAACGCAGUCUCAACAAACACAGGAACAGAUAUCUGGAGUAUCACAGGAUGAGCUCAACUUUCACACUCUUAUUCAAGAAGAAAGAUCUGAGGAAUUAGGCCGAAUACAUUCGGCUGUUCAAGAGGUUAAUGCAAUAUUCCACCAAUUGGGAUCUUUGGUACGAGAGCAAGGAGAAGACGUUGACAACAUCGAUAAUAACAUUUCUGGGCUUGCUGGGAAUUUGCAACGAGCGAAUGAACAACUAGGUAAAGCUGAGCAAUCGCAGCGGAAGAGAAACAGAUGCGGGAUAGUCGCACUGAUAAUAAUUGUGGUUGUAGUUCUAGUUGUUGUCUUAGCGGCUCUUGGUUAA